GAAAGUCUUGCAACGGGAGGUGUCGAGAUCUUAUGGUGUGAUAGUAAGAUCGGUAGGUUGAGAUCUAUAACCGUGGGUUGACGACCGAACUCUCGGGGGGAACCAUGGAACAAGUGCAGACUAUCUAUGCCAAGUUACCAAUAGAAUAUUUUACCAAACGUCUCGGUGCGCGAAAACGUUGCGUCAUCUUGUGUGCAUUGUUUUCAGGGCGCUGAAGAUGCCUCUAUCUUCCGUCUCUUGCUCAUGCAAGGCUCGUCGGCUUCCGCAAUUGUCCACUUACAAAGAGACCAAUUUCAAGGUGGCAUCAAUGUUGAGACAAAGAGUAAGAGGAACGCGGCCGACUGGCGAUUCCAACUGUCGCAUCAAGCCUAUAUUUCAUUCCUCGUUCAAAUGCGGCAUUGGAAAACACUGACGAUUCAUUGCGGAUUCGCGGCCGCGUCUACGACUACGUCUCGAGCGGGACUAGGCAGCUUCUUCUUCUUCCGUCCAAGACGAAAGUCGGCAGACGAGCAGACAUUUUCAUUGCUCUGCGCGUCGGAAGAGACGUUGCGGAAGAAAUCAGCGCACUACUCCGCACAGACGAUGGUGGUAGAUCAGCGGCGAUGCAUCUAUUCUUACAAGGGUAAAGCUUCUCCAGUAGAGCGUUCCGCCUUAUUACCAAGCAAAGAACAUCCACGGUACCUAUACAGCCAUUAGCCCUCAACAUCCUCAACUUUCUCACGCGCGCAAGGUCCACAAGAUUCCUUUCCACUCGCUUUCAGACAAAAGUGAGAAGAUUAUAAAAUAGCUGGAUUAGAAAGCACAGUUUCCCCCUCCAUCCCACCACCCUUUGGGCAGCAAGCAGGAGGAGAGAAACUCAUAUGGCCCCAGCGUUUGUCAUCAUAUAUUAAAUUCGAUA